CUGAGGCGCUUGAACGUUUUUAUUAUUAAUAUAUAUUUAUAUUUCGUUUUAAUUUACAAGUUUUCCAUGGUUCAUAAUUUUAAUAUUUUUAUACCAUUUUAUACAAUAAAGUGUUUAUAGAUAGGCGUAAUUACAACAUUAAACGAACAUUCGGAAAACAAAACGGCCGGCCGUUCGGUAUUUGAAAAAUAACGGAGUUUUAAGUUUUGACAGUAAGUUUCGCGCGAGUUUGACAGUUCGCGGGUUUGAAUUUUAAAAUUGACGUUUGAAUUCAAAGAUGGCGGACUGUGUGUUUGUCAGCGUGUCUGCCGGGUUCGUCGACCUCGCGGGAUCCGCGCAAUAGGAUGAUAAACUUUCAGAACAUUUGACGUCUGCUUUAUCCAUGCGGCGGUGACGCGAUGUCGGUGGCGCCGGCGGUCAAGCGCGAGCUGGACUUGGACAGCGGCGGCGGCAGUCCGGGGCGAAAGCGGCGCAAGCAGGCCGCUCCCACCCGCGCGCCGCAGCCUCUCCCGCCCCCGCCGCUAGACCUGCAGGCCAAGAUGGCUGACAUCUACAAGAGCGCCCUUGCCUUCGGAGAACUCACACUACCCACCUUCGAUCCUCUCGCCGCAUUUAGACUCCUCCCAAGACACGAACCCCCGCGAAUAUUCAACCCUGAGGCCUACUGCGAUCUGUGCUGCAAGGAAUUCUGUAACAAAUACUUCUUGAAAACACACCGCGCGAACAAACACGGCAUCUAUGAUGGCGGGGAGCCACAGCCGGCCGCACCCCCGCCCGCGCAGCCCUCCCCCCCGAGACGAGCGUCUGAUGAAGAAUCAGGAGGAACACCACGACGCCUCUCCCCAGACUCCGCAAGGCGGGCGCGCGAGGCGGGAUUCCAACCUGACACGUUACGAAGACUCGGCGUCGUAAACCCUGAAGCGUUCUGCGAGAUCUGCUGUAAAGAGUAUUGUAAUAAGUACUUUCUGCGCACGCACCGCGAGCGGCGGCACGGCGUGCCCGCGCACCGCUCGCCGGCCGCCGAGCUGUCCCCCAGCGCGGUGACGCCGCCCAUGUCUCUCGCCACGCCGCUCACCACACCCAUGAGCACGCCCAUCACCACGCCGCCGGCGCUGCCCGCUCCACCGCCCGACACUCCGCCGCGGUCGCACUCACUACCUCCCCCCUAUGAUUCUGAGGAGAUGGCAGAAGUAAAACGAGAAUGUGAGGAAGACUUCGAGGCGGCGCUGAGAGACGGACAGACGAGUCCCUUGAACUUGAUUGUGGAAGAGCGGGGAGUGGCGUCUCCGGGGUCCGCCAGCGAAGAGUUGCGAAAGCUACAAACGAUGAUCUCGCAGCUGAACGAGCUGGCGGCGGAGCGCCUCGUCGACGACCCCAUGGAGGCCGGCCCGCGCCCCCCGAGCUCCUCCCCUCCACCGCCUGACGAACGCCGCGCUUCUUCAUCUUCCGGAUCCAGUUUCUGUGAGAUUUGCAACAAGGAGCUUUGCAAUAAAUACUUCAUGCGCACCCACAUGCAGCGCAUGCACGGGAUCUCUCUGGAGAGCGGCACGCAGCUCGGCGGGGUCACCUGCGACAUCUGCCACAAGGAGCUCUGUAGUAAAUAUUUCUUGCGCGUGCACAAACAUAACACUCACGGUAUACCAGCACCGCCGGCGCCGGCCAACGCAGCGCCCGCGGAGCCGUGCCCGCUGUGCGCGCGCCGGUUCCGCGGCCCGCGGGCGCUGCGCGCGCACCUCCUGGCUGAGCACGCGCCCCCCGCGCGCCCCCCGCCCCCUCCGCCGCGGCCUCUCGACCUGCUCGCCAGGGACAAACCAUACGCAUGUUCCUACUGUCCGUUCACGACGGACGUCCUCGCGUUCUUAUUUGCGCACGAGCGAGCGCACGCCCAGCAACAAGCAAACGAGCCGAUAGAGAAUAAUACCGAAGCGAGUGGCGGCGAGCAAGAGAGCGGCGAGGGCGCGAGCGAAGCCGGGGACGCGGGGGAAGGGGAGGGCGAGGCGCAGUACUCGUGUUCGCGCUGCGAGUUCCGCGCGGAGGGGUUCGCGGCGCUGGAAGCCCACCUGCGCGCGGCGCACGGCGGCGCCGGCGCGCUGCUGGCGGUGCCGCGCGCGCCGCAAGCGCCGCUAACUAUGCAGCCAUUCGUGGUGGAGGAAGCGGGCGGCGCGCUGAGCCUGGUGCCGGCGCUGGUGUUCCUGCCGGUGCGGCGGCGCGCGACGCGGCGCGCCACGGUGACGCUGACGCUGACGCCGGCCUAGCCGCGCGCCGCCGACCCGCCGACGCCCGCGCGCGCUCGCGGCCUGAGAUUCCAUCGCCGCGCGCGCGCGCGUUCGAUCGCUGAACUGUACUAACUACAUUUAACGCUGUGUGCCUUCAAGCGAUUGCUGAAAAUUUUAUGAGACGUAAUUAUAAUCGGAGAAGCUGUUCCGGCCGCCCGCUCGAGCGCCUCACCGCGCGGCGGCCCCCGGCUUUUUUUUUUCAGAGUCUAACUUCAUAUAUUGAGAAUUAUAUUGAACGGGUGAUAUAUGAAACGUUGCCGCUUAUAAAUUCGAUUAUUUAUUAUUAUCUCCUGGAAGUUCCGUCGGUCGGUCCGAGACGAGUUUUUGAAACGUCGAUUUCGAUCGGGAGAAGAAAUACACCCUAGGCAUAAAUUUAUUAUUAUUUAACGUAUGUAACCGGCGGCGCGUGCGCCGCGAUAGAGUCGUAGUACCGGUCGAUGUUGAUCACUGAGCGCGCCGGUGGCGGCACAGCCGGGCGACGGUCGCCGAGCCGCGGCCCUCACGAGCGAGCGAGCGAGCGCUAGAGUACUACGACAACCGCUCUACCUCACAACGUUAGGUUUUAUAUUAGCUGUUAUUGUAUAAAUUAUAUUUUGGAGUUACAAAGUACAAAUAUACCGCGUUCAUGUUAGCUACUCGACUAUUUAUUGUUGUCUACGAGUGACUUAAAGCACAAAGAUACGUACUAUUGGGCAGUGAUCAACAUUAAACGUAAUUUUAGUAUUAAAUUUGAUUAGAUAUGUGGUGUUGGGAGCUCGGUCGGAUUGUGUUUUGUUGUGUCACACAUCAGUCUAAUACGGGUCUUUUUUGGGGCCGGGCGCAGCUUGGCCCCGCUUCGGCCGGGCUUAUCAUUUUAUCACUUAUUUCUAUUGUAAUCUAUAAUAUAUACGUUACAGCGGGUGGUGCUGGCGUUGCUCGUCUCUCGCGCGAAAUGUCCAUUAAAUAGUUAUAUAGUUGUAAGAGAAGUUGCCGAAUAUUUUUGACUUUGAAAUUUUACCGGUCGUGAAAUAGCAAUUUUGAGUGUUGAACUCGUUCAAGUAACACCACGUGCAAAGACUGAAAGAUCUACCUCAAUCCGCGUUAGAGACGAGUAAGCUGCAGCAAUUGUCAAAUAUUAUUAUCUUGAUAAUCAAGACUUAUUUGAUGAGGUAAUUUGUUUAAAUAAUUCAUUAUUCGGUAGUCAGUGUGGAGGUUAGCUUGUAUAAACCAUGCAGCUUCUAAACAAAGUUCCUAUGUAUGUACGUAAGUUGUAAUUUAUAGUAAACUAGAGGCAGGGAGGGGACGGCGGUGCGGGGGGCGGCAGACACCUGAUUUUUAUAAUAUAUUGUGAUGGAGUCAGGGUAAUGCUGGUGCAAUUGUCCUAAUCACUAACAAUCUAGUAAAAAAUCCUACUAAAUUUGACUUACUUGAAGAUAAAAUAUUAGUAUAUAAUGAAACAGGUGAUGUAGAUAAAUUUAAUGAUGAUUUAGUAACUGUAGUUCCUAAAAAUACUUCCAAAGACGUAAAAUUUAAAUUGGAAUCAAUAGACCAUCUUCCUUUUCAGUCUUCCUUUCGAGCCAAACCGAAACUCUUCGCACAGCCGUACUAGCCCCGCGCGAUACAACAAAUUAUAUUAAUAACGUUUUAAAUAAUAACAAAAUUAAUAAAAAAUGUACGCGUGGUGACGAUCCAGAUACUAUUGUGUAUUUUCAAAACGAGGGGGGCGUUUUAGAGGAACAACAUGCAGUGGACGCCGAAUUUUUACUAUUUAGGAAAGUACACACUGGUUCUGAACUCGUCCGACAUGGAUGUAGUGAAAAUGUAUCUAUUGUGUUCAGUAUUCUUUCCCAUAAUCGCCUUGUACCUUGAGUGAACGAGACCAAUGAUCAAUAGUACAAAUAACCAAUGUAUUAAAGCGGUGAUUGGUAACAAAUAAUGAACAGUACAAAUUAAUGUUAAGGUAGAUGCAACAGAUAAUGACACCACUCGGGUACAAAGCUUGUAAACUGCUCGCCACAGUCGCACCUUUUUUUGUUUUAAUAGUUUCUCUUUCUGAAAUAUGAAACUAUGUUUGUCAAACCAGUUUUUUUUAAACGUUUCAUUGUAUAAUUUAAAUUUCUCUAUGUGAAGCAAGAUAUGGAUUAUUGAGGAUUUUUAUUUUUUCUACUAAAUAUGUCAAAAAUAUCACUACGAUAUUUGCUGUAGAAAAAUAAAGUUGUGAUUAUUUAAUUAUUAUAUAUUUCAAAUAUCGUAGUUUACGUUUGACUUAAGUAUAUCUUGCAUAUAUUAAUUUUAAUUUAAUUUUAAGAAUGCUACCUGCAUAUAAUGUUUUUUUUAACAUUUAUUACAAUGAAAUUUGUUGGUAAGAAAUUGCAAACAAUUAAUGUAUAUUUUGAUUUACUAUAAUUGUAAUUAUAUUUUAAAUGUUAUUUAAAACAUUAAAAAAUCUAAAGUUCCUUCCUAGUCUUCUGUAAAUUUUACAUUCCAAUAUUUAAUUACAAUAAUUUAAUUGUAUAAUAUAAGUUCUAGUCGAUUCUCAUCUAAUUUAAAAUUUUAAAAUUAUUUUAAGUGCGACUGUAAAAUAAAUGGUCAUUAUUUAUCAACUUAUUAUAUAAAACUGUGUUAUUUCUAGUCAAAUUAUUUUUUAGAUUUAGCUAAUGUGGAAAUCAAUGUCAAAUCUUAAUCACAUUAUAAUAUAAAAAUAAUAUUUAGUACAAAAAUACUUAACAAAAAUAUUGCCUAUUUUUAAAAAAUAGUAAAUUAAAGAUAUGUAUCCAAAUAUGGUGAGCAAUUAUGUAAACAUUGGUUUCCACAUUGGACAAAUUGAAUAAAAUUUAUAAAAUAUAUAAAGAGAAUUAUAUUCUGGCUGGAGAGAGCCACCUAAUACCGCGCCAUUUUGUAGCACGUCACACAAAAAUACAGAUGAUUAAGCUUGUGCGAGUUGGAAUUAUUAAAAUGUUGUCACAACACGCACUGAGCUAUUAAACUAAAUGAAUUAUUAUUAUGGAAAUAUUUUCUAUUUCGAAUGGUGUUAAAAAUGGGAUGUAGGAUUUGUAUUAGCAGAAGUGCAGAAAAAAAAUUGCGUAAAGUGUUUCAGUAUUUAUUUUUUUAACUUAUUCAGCGAAUCUUGUGAAAGUGUUGUCCAAGAUUUCUGAUAUUAAUAACAUAUUAAUUUGCAAUAAGAUUUUACGUAACGAUACCUAUAAAUAAUCGUAAAUAUCUACACGUAUGUUUAAAAUAACACCAUUAUAGCAAGCUAACUAAGAAUACAGGCUGUGCCCCGUGAUUUCGUUUAAAUAUUGAUGAAUAUAAUUGUGAUGGAGAAAUCGCUGGGCACAAUUAAUUAUUACAUAAUAUCCGGUGCGAGCAAAACUAAAACUCGCGGUAAAAGUACGUACAAAUGAAAAAUAAUAAUUUUCUUUUUUUAAUAUAGAACGUGCUACUUUAUGGUCAGCGGUCGGUAUAUGUUCCUAGAUCCGUCUGUUUGUUAUAUUUGUUUUCCUUUUAACUACGAGCAUUUCUACCGUA